GGUUAAAACCCUUCCUCCUUUAAAAAAAAAAACCCUAAUUCUAAGACCCGCAAAUUUAACUAUUUGAAUUCAAAAUUUAAAUUGAUGGCUUCAAAACGGGAAAGUAACAUGGAAAAGAUGAAAUCAUCGUCGAAACGAUCGGGAGAAAUGAGCCGGAGGAAUUUGUUAACCGUCCAUCACGAGCGUCUCUACCGUGCUUUUAGCCUCGGCACCAGAGUUUAUGAUGGAAAGGAAUGGAAAUGGCAGUGUGCUGAUAUUGAGAUACAAAAACAUGUGAUUCGGUCGAUUGCAUCCUUUCUCGAUUGCGUUUCAGGAGACAUUGUACAUAAUUCACUAGUAAAGGACUCUAUUGUUGAUAUAGUUGGUGCAUUGGUAUGGAUUCUUCAGAGAAAAAUUAAUGCUGUAUUAAGCAUCACUGCUGAUUUGGUAGUGAAGUUGAUCAACAUCAUUCCGAGUACAUUGUUGCAACCUUUCUUGUUAGACCUGGUUCAUCCGUUGUCAUCCUUGUUAUCAUAUUAUCAAUUAGAAGUAUCCAUAUUAUGUGCUAUUGCAUUGAAUAUGAUCUUCUUGAAUCUGAGUCUCAAAAGAGAGAAAGAGGUUUGGGAUAUUCUGAUUGAAACUGGUGCCGUGUCUCAUAUUGUUAGUGGCAUAAGGAAAGUUCCAGAUGAUGGUGUUACAUCAAUCAAAUAUUUCCAAGAGAUGACAACUCUCCUGAGUAAUAUUCUGCAACGCUGGCCCCCAUCUCGGUAUUAUGUUUGGAACGAUGCUGAAUUGUUAAAAGUUUUGGAGGUUAUGCAUAUGAAACCCGAUUUUCCUAUUAAGGUUUCAGUUUUGAAGCUUUAUUCUGCUAUAGCACUUUGUGGUAAUGGAGCUAAAAAGCUUUUACAGAAUGGGGAAGCUCUUGUGCAAAUGAUGAUUCUUUGCAUGGGCAGAUCCCACCCCUUCUAUGUCCGGACUGAAGGAUUUAGACUUGCCCAGUGCUUGGUGACGGAUGAAGAGGGAUGUUCGAAAUUGAUGAGCUUGUGUUGUGAGCCUAUUGUUAGUGCGUUAAUUGAUGGAAUGAGUGGAUGGACCUCAAAUUCAGGGAAGUUUUCCAAUGAUGAGAUGUCUAUACUGGUAGAAGCUUGUCAUAUAGCUCUUAUGAUGAAUCGCUGGCCAGGAGAGCAUCACAAUUUCAUGUGGGAGCAUGGGAUUGAUCAAGUCCUCCUCAACUUGCUUCUGGAUUUUCAUGGUGGACCAUCUAUAUCUUCACUGCCUCUGGAAGAACAAAUGUCUAUAGCAGAAGAAGGUCUCAAGACAAAUUUUCUUCUUAGCUUGAGGCCAUAUAUUUGGGAACUUCUUGGUUGGCUCGUUACACAUUGUAAGGAAGAAUUCGGCCCCAGCAUUUGUGGGCGUGAACUUAAAAUUGACUUCCUGAUUACCUGUGCAUGCAUAUCUUUUGUGGAUUCAAUUCGCCAAGGGCGCCAAAUACGUACAUAUGAUGUAAAUGAUACCUUUAGAUGUGAAUCAGCGUCAAGGGCAAUCUUAAUGAUGAUUUAUUCUCCUUCCAAAUAUAUAGCAUCAAAAGCAAGAUUCAUACUGUAUGAAAUUCUAAAGCCAACCGGGAAGGAGUACGUGAACUACCUGUUGCGUACUUUAAAUACCAGACCAUCUAAGGACGACCUAGGAGUCCCUUAUGUUCUUCGUACUAGUAUAAACUUAGUGGCAUUGGUAUGCUUUUCUUGUUUUCCUCAAUAUCAUAGUCAUAUUGAUAGGAGUGCAGGAAUAAGGGCACUUUUGGGUUUUUCAAAAUGGUACUUAAGCAAUGAUAUCCAUAUAGGUAGACCCAGCCUUGUUCCUCAUUUGCGUAAUAGGUUCAGUGAAAGGAUUUGUUGCUGGUCAUGCAAUGAAGACUGGGAAGGCAAUGAUAUUCUCUUAUUGUAUAGUUUAUGCGGGAUGGCAGAAUUGAUACACUCUGGCUAUGUAGGACAUAAAUCUGAGAUCUUUGAUGGCCAAGUGGAUUACACUGAAGCUCAAUUUGUGAACGCACUCCAGGAGAUCUGCAUCACCACUACUUCUCCCGGAAUAAAAUGGUAUGCUGCAUUUAUUCUAAGUUACUUUGGAUUAUAUGGUUUUCCAUGUAAACUUGGCAGGCGCAUUGGAAGAGCACUUAAUGCGAACGAAUAUGCAGAUUUGCACCUUGUUCUCUCAAAUAGGGACUGUAUAAGUGUGCAUGGUGUCCUUCUUGCCGUUCGAUGUCCAUCAUUGAUACCUCCAGAAGAAUUUCCUUGUUAUGAGAAAGCAUUUGGUGGUUCUUCAAUUGGAUAUGAUAUAGAGAGGAAGGAUGGAACAUUUCAGAAAGAAAUUUAUUUAUCUUCGCAUGUCGAUAACCAGGCGUUGUCCAAACUGUUGGAAUUUGUUUAUUUGGGAUAUUUAAAUGCAGGAGAGGAACUUGUGAAGAAAGUAAAAAUCCUUGUCAAACGCUGUAGCAUACCACCUCUUCUACAGAUGCUUACUAGAAGACAUCCCAAGUGGGGCAAGAUUUUCCCAAAAUAUGAUCUGUCUCUCGCUCUUACUCCAUCCAAGCAUUGCUUUACGGAUAUCAUCUUGGAGGCUAAAGCAGCCGAAUCUCCUUCUUGGGUAUGCAGUGUAUGCUCCAAACAAGCGCCACAUAUGCAUUGUCACAAAGUUGUAUUAUGGUCAAGUUGUGAUUAUCUACGGGCCUUGUUUCAGUCUGGCAUGGUGGAGAGUAAUUCUCAGACCAUAAAGAUGCCAGUUAGCUGGGAGGCAAUGGUUAAGCUAGUGAACUGGUGGUAUACCGAUGAAAUUUCUAGUCCUCCAUCGGGAUGUUUAUGGGAUAAUAUGAGCAAUGAGGAAAGGCUACAGAUGCUCCAACCAUAUGUGGAGCUUUGUUGGCUUGCUGAGUUUUGGUUUUUAGAGUACAUUCAAGAUAUUAGCUAUGGAAUUAUUAUAUCUUGUCUAGAUUCUGCCAAACACUUAUCUAUCAAAAUGAUUAAACUCGCUGCUGAUUUUUCUCUUUGGAAAUUGGUUGAAGUGGCUGCAAAUUAUUUGGCCCCUUUAUACCGUCAACUUUGCCAUUCUGGAGAACUUGAAGGAUUGGAUGAACAAGUAAUUGAUAUGAUUCGCAUAGCCUCCAUUCGGCUUUCACAAGAAGGUUAGUUUACAAUUUACUGUAAUGCUUUACACAUGUCAUGUAGAUGUAUAUUUUUAUAUGAUACGAGCAAUAGAAAUAAAUGGUAAUUGUUUGUUAA